AUGUCUGCUUCAGAUUCCGUGUCCCCUGACUCUCCUCUGCCUGUGUCUCCGGAUUCUGUGUCUCCCGAUGAUACCGCUUCUUUGAACAGUGGCUCCUCUUCUCAGGGGUCCGGCGGUGACGACCCUCUGCUACCACCUCCUGCCACUGAUGAUGAACCUAUUUUGUGGAGACAACCAAAAUUAAUUGAUAACACUGCUGAUUCAGCUGCAAAUGGCAAUGGGUCGGCGAAAUCUGGAAAGCAUCACCAACGUCAUAUUUCGUUUGACAAGUCGGUCAAUAAGAAUGAUGGGCCCUCUUCAUCCAAUCCUGCUACUGUUGUAUUAACAUCUGGAGUCAAUGCUAAACAUCACCGUCGUUCUUCAUCAUCAGAAAUUGAUCCUUAUUCUACACCGGCUGUUUAUUACAACCCCGAAUCAGAAAAGAAGUCGAUUCGACUGCUGCGGUCUCGUACUCUGUCUACUGUGGACAGAAGCAGUAGCGACCGUAAGAAGUGGCUUCCAAGAAGAAGAGGUUCAAAGGAUGAACAAUUGGGUCCUAAGAAACUUCUUAUUCAUGUGGAUACUACUUUGAAGAGAUUGCUAGAAUCCGAAGACACUGAUCAAAAUGCACAAAUUACUAUCGAGGAUGACGGUCCUAAAGUGCUUGAAGUAGGCACUGCUAAUUCCAAUGGUUAUAACACCACUGAGAUCAGAGGUACCUAUCAAUUGUCGAAUCUUUUGCAAGAACUUACGUUGGCCAAAAGGUUUGGUAGAAAAUAUAUCAUUUUAGACGAGCAGAGACUCACUGAAAAUCCCGUUGCUCGUUUACAAAGACUCAUUUCUAAAGAAUUCUGGAACGCCCUUACUCGUAAAAUCGAUUCUUCCACUAUUGAAACCAUUGCACUCGAUCCUAAAUCACGCUCGGAUGACAAACGUCCAAGAGUAUACAUUCCAUUUUCGGAAAAGAAACAGUUUAUUUUCUACUCUGAAAUCGCUAAGAAAAAUCCCAAGCUUGAUUUACAAGUCGAAUACUUGCCAGAAAAUAUCACUGCCGACUAUGUCAAGUCUAUUAAUGACAAACCGGGUCUUCUGGCUUUAGCACUCGACGAAACUGUUGAUGAAAACGGUAACGAGUCGUACGUGGGUGUGCCAUAUGUCGUUCCUGGAGGUCGGUUCAACGAGCUUUACGGCUGGGAUUCUUAUAUGGAAUCACUAGGUCUUCUGGUGGAUAAUCGAGUCGAUCUAGCUAAAGGAAUGGUUAUCAACUUCUGUUACGAAAUCAAGCAUUACGGUAAGAUUCUCAAUGCCAAUCGUUCAUACUAUUUGACCCGUUCACAACCACCAUUCCUCACUGAUAUGGCUUUGCGAGUGUAUGAAAAAAUUAAAUACACCAAUGGGGCACUUGAUUUCUUAGCAGAUUCUAUGAGAGCUGCUAUCAAAGAAUACAAAACUGUAUGGACAGCCGAACCACGACUCGAUCCUGUCACUGGACUUUCCCGCUACCGUCCUGACGGUAAAGGCAUUCCUCCAGAGACUGAAGCCAGUCAUUUCGAGCAUUUAUUGUUCCCAUUCUGUAAACGGUACCGAAUGUCGUUUGAGGAAUUCCAACAAAAGUAUAACGAUGGUGAGAUCCACGAGCCCACUUUGGACGAGUACUUCUUACACGACAGAGCUGUCCGUGAAUCCGGUCACGACACCACCUACCGAUUCGAAGGAAUCUGUGCCGACCUCGCCACUAUCGAUCUCAACAGCUUGCUUUACAAGUACGAGACAGAUAUUGCUCACACCAUUCGGAACAUGUUUGAUGAUAAAUUAACCAUGGAAGACGGUACAGUUGAAACAUCUGCCAUUUGGGACCGUCGUGCUCGUAAGAGACGCAUCCUCAUUGACAAGUACAUGUGGGACGAAUCACAAGGAAUGUAUUUCGACUAUGACACCAAACUUCGUCGUCGUCACACCUACGAGUCAGCUACAACAUUCUGGGCUCUCUGGGCUGGACUCGCUUCGACAAAACAAGCUGUUCGUAUGGUCGAAGAGUCACUUCCCAAGUUUGAAGUGUUUGGUGGUCUUGUGUCUGGAACACUGGCCUCUCGAGGAGAAACCGGACUCAACAGACCCAACCGACAAUGGGAUUAUCCGUACGGAUGGGCUCCACAACAAAUUCUCGCGUGGGUUGGACUCAUGCGAUACGGAUAUGAAGAAGAAGCCCAACGACUCAUCUACCGAUGGCUGUUCAUGAUCACUAAAGCAUUUGUCGACUACAACGGUGUUGUUGUCGAAAAAUAUAACGUGACCUCUCCUGAAGACCCACACCGUGUCGAUGCCGAGUACGGCAACCAGGGCCUGGGUUUCAAGGGAGUGGCCACCGAAGGAUUCGGUUGGGUCAAUGCCUCAUACGUCUACGGUCUCUCACUCCUCUCUAGCCGAUUCCGACGUGUCCUAGGAGCACUCACCCCACCCGACGUGUUCUUCUCUGCCCUCCGUCGCGAAGAUGACGAAGACGCCGAGACCCUCGACAUCGACGGCCUCGACAUCGGCUCUGUCGCCAAAGCCAUUAACCACUCUUAA